GGGUGGCCGGAAGUGGCGAGUGCCUGGCGGCGCCUGGCGCAGGGUGAGGGGCGAGGGGGAGCCGCUGGGGCACCCCGGGGCGGCGGCGGCGGGAGGCUCCGGGGCGGCGGCAUGAAGGGAGGCGCCGCAGGUGGGUGUCGCACCGGGUGAAGCGGGGCCGGGGCCUGCUGUGCCGUGCCGUGCUGUGCGGAGGAGAAGCCGGGGGGGCUCGGGUGCGGAGUGCCGCAGCGCCGCGCUCACCUCCCGGCGGCCGUGCUGUGCUGUGCUGUGCGCUCGCAGCGCUGUGCGGCCCUCAGCUUCCCGAGAAUUGGCCUUCCGUUUUUUCUGAGGCGUUAUGUCUGCUAUAAAUCCCACGUCCGUCCUCGUGUCUGUAGCCGUUGCUGACGCUUCCCCGUGACGCGGCCCCAGCCCUCGGGAGCUGCGCGGGCUGCGGGCAGCCCUUCCCGCCGUGGGUUUUGGGGCUGCGGCUGUUGGGUGCCUGACUGGGAGCGCUGCGGGACAGGCUCGUACCUGCUAAAGCUGGAAGCGUAGGGCUGAGGUGUUCUGGGUCAUUUCCUCAGUCUCGUACGGCAUAACGGAUGGUGCAUUCAGUCCGACGGACAAAGAGGUCGUACUUAAGACGGACCGUUCAGGAUGGGAGGGACCUGUCCAGCCCAUGAGGCGGGGAACUGCCUCCAGUGCACAAAGCUUGAGUGAAGACUUAGGAGCUGUCCUGCACCAGCAGAGCUGCUGCAAGAACAUGCAUGUUUGAAGGCAUGGGAAAGUAACCAUUAAUCUCCUGGAGACAAGUCAUGUAUUUGAGAAAUCAUGUUCAGUAUUAAUAGUUCAGGUUUGCUUUCGGUCACCAUAGUUGAAUAGUUGAGGUGUAGAACUAGAGGGAAUGCAAGCAGGCCUCUGUUUGUUCUUGAUGCUGCCAGGAGCCAUGUUAAAGAAAAGCCCCUUUUCUACAGCAGUCCUUAGCUGGGUCAGAAGCUCCUUCGACCCAGAACACUGCCAGUUAUCUCUUUUGCCUGCUCAGCAGUGUUGCAGACUUUGUUCACCUUGUCACUUGGGAAAUGGUGACUAACAGCAUCUAGCAAGUCAUUUGCAUGCUGAAAAUGUGUGGCACAUCAGCAAAUAUGGCCAUCGCUUACCUUGUGUAGUUAGCUCGAAGGACUGGUGGUUGUGUCUGGCAGACUUUUUGGUAAAAACAAAACCACCCUACUUGGUGCACUGCAAAAAUUCAUCACGUUGUUUUUGGAUGCUAAUUAACCGUGCUCUUUGCAGUACGAUACUUUAACCCAUUUCUCUCCCACCUAUCUCAGCUGCAGUAGGGUCACUUUCGCUGGCCUUACAAGUAUUUCUUUGUGUCAGUGAAAUGAGUUGUGGAAAGAUGCAAAUCUUCUGAUUGUGCUGGGAUGCUGUGCUCACUGGAAGUUUGGUAUAUACUGUAAUUUUAAUCAUGCCAACUUCUAAUUUGUUUCAGCUGUUUUAGUUUCUGAAACUCAAGCAGAAGCUUCUGGCUGUGCUAUUUAUGUUCAGUCUCUGAAAUAUGCUGGCUGCUUACCAAUACGCUUGGUUUCCCCUCUAUCCCGAAGGAUUGCAUAAUGUUGUUAGUGGAGGGAGAAAGCCUUUUAAUCAUGAUUUUACAGAUUGCUGGAGGUCAGAUCUGUGUGGCACCAUGGACUCGUCAGAAGAGACUGGAGGCUCCUCUGCUGAAGAGAACUACUUUGUUAACUACACCUUCACUGAUCGCUCGCACUCAGGCCGCGUGGCCCAGGGGAUUAUGAAAUUAUGUUUGGAGGAUGAGCUCUUUGCUGACGUUACAAUAUCAGUGGAAGGCAAAGAAUUCCAGCUGCACCGUUUGGUCCUCUCAGCUCAGAGCUGCUUCUUUCGUUCCAUGUUCACUUCUAACCUGAAGGAGGCUCACAACCGGGUGAUUGAGCUGCAGGAUGUUAGUGAGAGUGUCUUUCAGCUCCUUGUGGACUAUAUUUACCACGGGACUGUAAAGCUGAGGGCCGAGGAGUUGCAGGAAACCUAUGAAGUGGCAGAUAUGUACCAGCUGACUGCCCUUUUUGAAGAAUGUUCCCGUUUUCUGGCCCGUACAGUGCAGGUCAGGAACUGUCUGCAGGUGAUGUGGCUGGCAGACCAGCACAGUGACAUGGGGCUCUACACGGCUGCCAAACACUGUGCAAAGUCACAUUUGUCUCAGCUGCAAGACACGGAAGAGUUCCUGCACCUACCUCUUCGCCUACUGACAGACAUCCUCACAGAUGGCGUUCCAUGCUCUCAGAAUCCAACGGCUGCCAUAGAAACCUGGAUCAACUUCAACAAGGAGGAGCGUGCAGGCUUUUCAGAGACUCUGCGAUCAAGUCUGAAGGUGAUUGGAGAAAACGUUCACAUCUACCUGAUUGGAAAGGAGUCAUCACGAACACAUUCACUCGCUGUCUCUCUGCAUUGUGCUGAUGAUGACUCCAUCAGUGUGAGUGGCCAGAACAGCCUGUGUCACCAGAUUACAGCUGCCUGCAAGCAUGGCAGUGACCUAUACGUCGUUGGUGGCUCCAUUCCGCGACGCAUGUGGAAAUGCAACAAUGCAACUAUAGACUGGGAAUGGUGUGCCCCUCUGCCCCGCGACCGGCUUCAGCACACUCUUGUCUCCGUGCCAAGCAAGGAUGCAAUAUACUCCCUUGGGGGCAAAACUCUGCAAGACACUCUCUCUAACGCUGUCAUAUAUUACAGAGUACGAGACAAUGUCUGGACAGAGACCAGCCAGUUGGAGGUGGCUGUCUCUGGGGCUGCAGGUGUAAAUCUUAACGGUGUCAUUUACCUGCUGGGCGGGGAGGAAAAUGACUUGGACUUCUUCACCAAGCCUUCUCGGCUUAUUCAGUGCUACGAUACCAACACAGAGAAAUGCCACGUGAAGCCAUAUGUACUGCCUUUUGCAGGGCGCAUGCAUGCUGCUGUACACAAGGAUGUGGUGUUCAUUGUAGCUGAGGGGGAUUCGCUGCUUUGCUAUAAUCCCUUGCUGGAUAGCUUCACCCGGCUGUGCCUGCCAGACGCCUGGAGCUCAGUACCGUCCCUCUGGAAGAUUGCCAGCUGCAAUGGCAGCAUCUACGUUUUUCGAGACCGCUAUAAAAAGGGCGACGCAAAUACUUUUAAACUCAACCCAGCCACCUCUGUUGUAACAGUCACAAGUGGCAUCAAAGUGCUGCUCACUAACCUGCAGUUUGUCCUGGCCUAAUGGGUAAGAGCAGGCCCAGUAAUAGGACAGGCGGCGAUGGUGUUCUGCUGUGCAGCUCAGAGGUACCCGCCACCCUCAGCACCGGUCCCAUUUACUACAAGCUCACAACAUCCAGUAAAGAGCCCAUCUGCACAGAGGAAGUACAGGCCUGUUCUUUUAGAUAGCACUAUUAAAGCUGAACUGAUGCAUCUUAGAUUUCAGAUGGACUAAAUGCUAUUACUGUGAUCCCUUGAUGAUAAGCUGCUUGUGUUUGAGGCCCAAACCACAGCAAGUGGCUUUUUUAGCUUGGAACCCGUCCACAAAUCCCAUAGCAUAUGGAGGACAUCCUCCUUGGCACAGACAGUAAGUUUUAACUGCCCGGGAGAUUACGUGUUGCUGCCAUUGUCAGUCGCAGAGUUAGAUUUGUGCUGUCUGUCCUCCAGGGAUGUCCCCACUUAAACGUUCCUGUGUCCCUACUGCAGGAGAGACUGGCAGAAACAUUUACAGCAGACAGAUUCCAGAGCUGACCCCAAGUAGGUUGUGUUAUUCAGCACUUCUCCUAGAGGAGUGGUAACAAACUGGGAGUUUGCUUAUUGCUCUGUCAUCACCAAGCAUAAAGGAGAUUGUUCGUAUGAGCAUUGGCUUCCUUUACUGUACAGGAAAUGCCCACCUGUAGUUAUAACAUACUAUUGGUAAAAGAUGGAAUUAAGACCACUUCCUCCUACCCCUCUCUGUUGGCACUGUAACCCCUUGGGUAAGAAUCUGAAUAAAGUCUCUGCUGAGACAAA